UAGCUGCCACCCGCCAAUAAACACGAAGAAGAAGAAGACUCGAGCGGCUGGCGCGAACCUAUCAACGUUUUUGUUCAUCAUGCAGACGUCUCCGUCUGUCUCUACGCUAAAUAUUUCGUUACUUUAGCAACCGUGUUAUAUUUGUCAACUUAAAUCUGAACCUCGUGUAGCCUUUGGGCAUGUUUUAAAGACGUAUUUUAGACAAUAGUUCGCUUUAGGUGCUUUAUUUAACUGCUGCUAGCUUAAAAACUUAAGAUGCCUUUGCUAAAGCUAAACGGAGUAACGGUGGAUUUUCCUUUUACUCCUUAUGACUGUCAGAAAGACUACAUGACAAAGGUCCUUGAAUGUCUUAAGCAGAGUCAUAAUGGUGUUCUGGAGAGUCCAACGGGAACCGGUAAAACUCUGUGUCUGUUGUGUGCCACGCUGGCCUGGAGGGAACACUUCAAGGACUCCAUCUCUGCUCGCAAGAUCUCAGAGAAGCUGAAGGGAGCGGAGAUGUUCCCGAACACACCCUUCUCCUCCUGGGGGACUGCUGCUACUGACGGGGACAAACCAGUGUACUACACCGAUAUUCCCAAGAUCAUUUAUGCCUCCAGGACGCACUCUCAGCUCGCACAGGUCAUCAGUGAGCUGAAGAACACUACAUACAGACCAAAGGUGUGUGUUUUGGGAUCCAGAGAGCAGCUUUGCAUCAACCAGGAAGUCAUGCGUCAGGAAAGCAACCACGUUAAGGUCCACAUGUGCAGGGACAAAGUCAGCACCAGGUCUUGUGGCUUCUACAACAACGUUGAAGAAAGAAGCUCAGACCGAGAGUUGCUGAAUUCCAUUCUUGAUGUGGAAGAUUUGGUGAAGUUUGGCAACAAACAAAGGGUCUGUCCGUACUUCCUGACCCGCUCCCUAAAGCAGCACGCCGAUAUUAUCUUCAUGCCCUACAACUACCUGCUUGAUCCAAAGAGCCGCCGAGCGCACAACAUCGAGCUGAACAAAGCUGUGGUCAUCUUUGAUGAAGCUCAUAAUGUGGAGAGGAUGUGUGAAGAAUCGACGUCCUUCGACCUUACUCCCUACGACGUGGCUUCGGCCAUCACGGCGGUGGACAGGCUGCUGGAGGAGAAGGCUAAAGAAGUCAGUCGUGGAGACCCCGUUACGGAAGACAUCAACGUAGAGUCCCUCAGCUCCGGUUCCAAAUUAGAAGUCCCUACCAUCGCUAAAGUCAAGCAGAUACUGUUGGAUCUGGAAGCUGCUAUCGAUUCCAUUGAUGUUCCAAGUGAAAAGGGCAUCACGAAACCUGGAAUCUUCAUCUAUGAACUGUUGGAGAAAGCCCACCUGACCUACAGCACCAAGACGGCUGUCUAUGAGGCUCUGGAGCAGAUCAUUGGAAGCUUGACCGGCAAACCCGGAGCAUUCCUCAAUUCAAAUGGACUGCAGAAGCUGGCUGACAUUAUUCAGCUGGUGUUUAGUGGUGAACCAUCAGAGCUGGACAGACAAAGGAAGAUGGAGUCCUACUCUGCUUACUUUAAGGUUCACAUCCAUCGGGACACCAGCGCUGCCAAGAAGAAACAAGCGGCUGAUCCGUGGGCUUCAGCUUCAUCCAAGAAACAAGGAAACAUCCUGAGUUACUGGUGCUUCUCACCGGGCUUCAGCAUGCAGGAGCUGGUGAACCAGGGCGUUCGCUGCAUCAUUCUCACCAGCGGGACCCUCUCACCUCUGACCACCUUCACCUCUGAGAUGAGGAUAGAUUUCCCGGUGCUUCUUGAAAACGGUCAUGUGAUCAGCCGGGACCAGAUCUAUGUCCGAGUCCUGGAUCAGGGUCCAGAUUCGGUGGUGCUGAGCUCGGCGUUUAAUCGGAGGUUUAUUCCUGAAGUCAUGGCGUCUUUAGGCAACACUGUUGCUAACCUCUGUCGUUUGGUUCCUCGCGGCCUCCUGGUCUUUUUCCCGUCGUUCCUGUUGAUGGAGAAGACCCUGGAGCUGUGGAGAACGAAGGGACAAGCGAGUCACAUCGAGAUCCUGAAGCCCAUGUUUGUAGAACCAAAGGGAAAGGGAACCUUUAGUGAGGUCAUAAACGGCUACUACAGCUCUGUAAACGAUCCCAAGUGUAAAGGAGGAAGCUUCUUCGCGGUGUGUCGAGGGAAGGCCAGCGAAGGUCUGGACUUUGCAGACAACUUUUGUCGGGCCGUCGUCAUCACCGGCCUCCCGUUCCCUCCCAAGUUUGAUCCCCGGGUGGUUCUGAAGAUGCAGUAUUUGGAUGAGAUGAACGGAAGUAAAGCUCCUGGGGUUAAGUUUCUGUCAGGGCAGGAGUGGUACAGGCACCAGGCGUUCAGAGCCGUGAACCAGGCCAUCGGACGCGUCAUUCGCCACAAGGAGGACUACGGUGCCAUCUUCCUGUGUGACGAGAGAUUUAGAAGCCCAGAUGUUCGGGCCAAUCUCCCGUCGUGGGUCCGGCCGUACGUUCGAGUCCAAGCGGGGUUCGGGACGGUGGUUCGUGAAGUGUCUCAGUUCUUCAGGACGGCGCAGAAGAUGAGGCCGGAGGUCAUAAAGACGCCUGCAGCAGAAAACCCGGCAGCUGAAUGUUCAAGCUCCUCCUCCUCCUCCUGCUCCUCCUCCUCCUUCAGCUGCGUCGUCGCCCAGAAGGCCAAGGUCCUGGACGCUCACCUCCCCAGCCUGAAGAAGAGGAAACUCGAUGAAGGCGGCGGCGCCAGUGGGAUGGCAAAGAUCUGCAUCAGUUACGAGGGGGAGGUGCCGGAGAGUCAAAGGAGACCCGCCAACCUGCUGGAUGCUCUGGAUCAGGGUGAGCGUCGCCGUGGAGACGACGAUGCUGCUGGAGGAGACGAGGUAACUCGCCCAGGAGUGAGUUUGGUCAGGAGUUCGUUACGUGAGCUGACUGUCUUAGUCCGUUUGCAGGCGAGCCGUUUGUCCACGCUGUCUCUUCAGUACAACAAGAGACUGGAGGACGAACUACGAGGAGGGAAACGCAAAAUCAAGCUGGUUCAUGAGCAGAAGACGAGCACCUCUGAGGACGUGUUGGAGGACGGUAAAACCAGCAGGGCCAAACAGUUCCUGGCAGACAUGAAGGCGUCUCUGAGUAAGGUGACCUUUGACCGGAUCGUCCAGGCUCUGCAGGACUACAAGAAGACGGACAGCCUGGACAGCCUCCUGAGCGAGACGUCCAUGCUGGCUGACGACGAGAACACCCACAGUCUCCUCCGGGGAUUUUACCAGUUCAUCCGGCCGCAUCACAAAAAGAGAUUUGAUGAGAAAUGUCUGGAGCUGACGGGACAGGGCUGCGGGUUCAAACCCGACCACUCGCUGUCCAAAGACGAGAAGAGAGCCGUGAUGCUGCAGAAGUCCUCGGAGCGCCGGCCGGCCGAAGCUCGGAGCUCCUCGUCCAGCUGCAGACAACUGGACACGCAGCAGCUGAACGGAGGAGGACCUCACCUGAGUCAGCAGGGCUUAAAGCAACCGCAGGAAGGAGCAGGUUCUGCUAAGGGGAACAAAGUCUACGCCGCCCUCAUCGCUGAUGUGAAGGAAGCCUUCGGAGCCGAGAAGUCCUCCCUGCUCUUCCAGGCCAUCCGCCGCUACAAGGAGACGGACGUCUACGAGGACCUGGUGACCACGCUGGUGAACAUGUUCAUGGAGACGUGGGAGCACUUCGACCUUCUGAUCCGGUUUGGCACGUUUGUUCGCCCACAUCACAAGAAGCUGUACAAAGAGAUGCUGGACGCUCUGAUCUUCUCAGCGGCUCGGGAUCCGUCUCUGAAGGAGGAGCAGGAAAAGCGAGCUCCUCUGUUGCCUCCUUUUAAGACACAAAGCAAGAUUUCUACUUUUUUCUCCACAAAUAAAGACGACAUCUAAACUUCGAAGAGGACGAUUUGUAGGACGGAGCAGAGUCUUCGAUCUGCGGCGACCACUUCCUGUUUUUCCUGAGAGGGACUCAGAUGAGCGGAGGAGCCCCAGUAGAGUUUGUGUUUCCUGGCUUUCGAGAAGCUUUAAGACUCUGCAUGAGUUACAGACUUGUCAUCGACGUUCAACGUGAGUUGUUUCCUAUCAGAUCAUUGGUGCUUUAUCACCUCAGGGCUGAAUAAUAGCAGCGAUUAUUAAAUAUCAGGGGGAUUUAUUUAGGGUUCUGUUUUAGUUUUUAACUUGUCAUCAGGUUUGCAAAUAAAAUGCUGGAUUUUUUUUAUUUGGAGAAAUAAUCCUGCUGAACCCUGAGAACAAUCUCGUGGAGACGUAAUCCUGAAGCCUGUUAAUAAAACUGAUAUUUUAUGUUUUGUAUGAAAAUGUAUGAUGGACUAAUAAACAGCUUUUUAUGAAGUGAA